AUGAUUGAGAAAGACGUUCAGGAGACCUUAGAUUCAGGAGGUUUAGAGCAGUUUGUUGGAAGAAUGCAAGAUUUUCGAUUAUACCAAGAGGCACUUACAAACAGGGAAAUUCUGGAAGUUUUUUCUGGAGAUCUGCUCAGAUUGCAUAUCCAGUCCCAUUGCCGCUGCCCAGGCAGCCACCCCCGGGUCCAUCCUUUGGUACAGCGAUACUGCAUUCCUAAUGAUGCAGAAGACACAACCAGCAAUAGAGUGCUACGGCUGAAUCCUGAAGCCCAUCCUCUCUCUUUUGUCAAUGAUAACGAUAUUGGUACUUCAUGGGUUUCAAAUGUGUUUACAAACAUUACCCAGCUUAAUCAAGGAGUGACAAUUUCAGUAGAUUUGGAAAAUGGACAGUAUCAGGUGUUUUAUAUUAUCAUUCAGUUCUUUAGUCCACAACCAACCACAAUAAGGAUUCAGAGGAAGAAGGAAGACAGUUUGGAUUGGGAGGACUGGCAAUAUUUUGCUAGAAAUUGCAGUGCUUUGGGAAUGAAAAAUAACGGAGAUUUGGAAAAUCCUGAUUCUGUCAACUGUCUUCAGCUUUCCAAUUUUACUCCAUAUUCCCACGGUAAUGUCACGUUUAGCAUCCUGACACCUGGAUCAAAUUAUCGUCCUGGAUACAAUGACUUUUAUAAUACCCCAUCUCUUCAAGAUUUUGUAAAAGCCACACAAAUCAGGUUUCAUUUCUAUGGGCAGUACUAUACAACUGAGACUGCUGUCAACCUCAGACACAGAUAUUACGCGGUGGAUGAAAUCACCAUCAGUGGGAGAUGUCAGUGCCAUGGUCAUGCCGAUAACUGCGAUACGACAAGCCAGCCAUAUAGAUGUCUCUGCUCUCAGGAAAGCUUCACUGAAGGACUUCAUUGUGAUCGCUGCUUGCCUCUUUAUAAUGACAAGCCUUUCCGCCAAGGUGAUCAAGUUCACGCAUUCAAUUGUAAACCUUGUCACUGCAACAGUCAUUCCAGAAGCUGCCACUACAACAUCUCCCUAGACCCAUUUCCUUUUGAGCACCAGCGCGGGGGAGGAGGAGUGUGUGAUGACUGUGAGCAUAACACUACAGGAAGGAACUGUGAGCUGUGCAAGGAAUACUUUUUCCAACAAGUUGGUACAGAUCCUUCAGCCAUGGAUGUUUGCAAACCCUGUGAUUGUGAUAAAGUAGGCACUAGAAACAGUAGCCUCUUAUGUGAUCAGAUUGGAGGCCAGUGUGAUUGUAAGAGACAUGUGUCUGGCAGACAGUGCAAUCAGUGCCAGGAUGGAUUCUACAGUCUACAAGAGGUGGAUCCUGAUGGCUGCAGUCCCUGUAACUGCAAUGCCUCUGGGACAGUGGAUGGAGAUAUUACCUGUCACCAAAAUUCAGGCCAGUGCAAGUGCAAAGCAAAUGUUAUUGGGCUUAGAUGUGAUCAUUGCAAUUUUGGAUUUAAAUUUCUCCGAAGUUUUAAUGAAGAUGGAUGUGAGCCCUGCCAGUGUAACCUCCAUGGCUCUGUAAACAAGUUCUGCAAUCCUCUUUCUGGGCAGUGUGAAUGCAAAAAAGAAGCCAAAGGACUUCAGUGUGACACCUGCAGAGAAGCCUUUUAUGGGCUGGACAUCACUGGUUGUAAGGCCUGUGACUGUGACACAGCUGGGUCCCUCUCUGGGACGGUCUGUAAUGCUGAGACAGGGCAGUGCAUCUGUAAGCCCAACGUUGGAGGGAGACGGUGCAGUGAAUGUUUGGAGGGCUACUUCUACUUACAGCAAAAUGAUUCUUUCCUCUGUCUGCCUUGUAACUGUGAUAAGACUGGGACAGUAGAUGGCUCUUUGCUAUGUGACAAAUCGACAGGACAAUGUCCUUGCAAAUUAGGGGUAGCAGGUCUUCACUGUAAUCAGUGUGAACCUCACAGGUACAAUUUGACCACUGGCAAUUUUCAAGGCUGCCAGAUGUGUGAGUGUGACUCCUUGGGGACAUUUCCUGGGACCAUUUGUGACCCAAUCAGUGGCCAGUGCCUAUGUUUGCCCAAUCGUCAAGGAAGAAGGUGUAAUCAGUGUCAACCAGGUUUUUAUAUUUCUCCUGGCAAUGCCACUGGCUGCCUGCCAUGUUCAUGCCAUACAACUGGUGCAGUUAGUCACGUCUGUAAUAGCCUAACAGGUCAGUGCACUUGCCAAGAUGCUUCCACUGCUGGGCAAGGUUGUGACCGAUGUAAAGAUCAUUACUUUGGAUUUGAUCCUCAGACUGGAAGAUGUCAGCCCUGUAAUUGUCAUCUCUCAGGAGCCGUGAAUGAAACCUGUCACUUGGUCACGGGCCAGUGUUUCUGUAAACAAUUUGUCACUGGCUCAAAGUGUGAUGCUUGUGUUCCCAGUGCAAGCCAUUUGGAUGUCAGCAAUCUAUUGGGUUGCAGCAAAACUCCAUCCCAGCAACCUCCACCCAGAGGACAAGUUCAAAGUUCUUCUGCUAUCAGUCUUUCUUGGAGUCCACCUGAUUCACCAAAUGCCCACCGGCUUACUUACAGUUUAUUCAGGGACGGUUUUGAAAUCUACGCAACUGAAGAUCAGUACCCAUACAAUAUUCAGUAUUUCUUAGACACUGACCUGUCACCAUAUACCUCAUAUUCCUAUUACAUCCAGACCACCAAUGUGCAUGGUUCAACAAGGAGUGCAGCUGUCACCUACAGGACAAAACCUGGGGUCCCAGAAGGAAACUUGAACUUAAGUUAUGUCCUUCCUAUUAGGUCAGACUCUGUGACACUCACCUGGACUGCACUGUCAAAUCAUUCUGGUCCUAUAGAGAAAUAUAUUUUGUCCUGUGCUCCUUUGGUUGACAUUCAGCCAUGUGUUCCCUAUGAAGGUCAUGAUACCUCAGCUACCAUCUGGAACCUGGUUCCCUUCACCAAGUACAAUUUUUCUGUACAGGCGUGUACUAGUGGGGGCUGUUUACACAGCUUGCCCAUGACAGUGACCACAGCCCAGGCCCCUCCUCAAAGGAUGAGUCCACCUGAGGUGCAGAAAAUCGGUUCCACAGAACUUCAUGUAGAGUGGUCUCCACCAAUGCAACCAAAUGGAAUAAUUAUAAGAUAUGAACUAUACAUGAGAAGAUUGGCAUCUACUGAAGAAACCACAUCUGAAGAAAGUCGAGUUUUCCAGAGCAGUGGCUGGCUCAGUCCUCACCCAUUUGCAGAAUCAGCCAAUGAAAAUGCAUUAAAGCCUCCUCAAACAAGUACAACGGUCACUGGCUUGGAGCCAUACACCAAAUACGAGUUUAGGGUCUUAGCUGUGAAUAUGGCUGGCAGUGUGUCUUCUGCCUCGAUCUCAGGGAGAACGGGAGAAGCAGCGCCUGUGUUCAUGUUCCCACCUUCAGUCUUUCCCCUCUCAUCCUACGCUCUCAAUGUCUCCUGGGAGAAGCCAGCAGACCAUGUUACAAGAGGAAAAGUUGUGGGGUAUAACAUCAACAUGAUUUCUGAGCAAUUACCUCAAUCUGUUCCAGUGGUGUUUUCACAGCUGUUGCACACGGCUAAAUCCCAAGAACUGGCCUAUGUUGUAAGAGGACUGAAACCUUAUAGGAUAUACCAGUUUACUAUUUCUCUCUGCAAUUCAAUUGGUUGUGUAACCAGUGCUUCGGGAGCAGGACAAACUUUAGCAGCAGCACCAGCCCAACUGAGGCCUCCUCUGGUUAAAGGCAUCAACAGCACAGCAAUCAGUAUUAGGUGGUUUCCACCUGAAGAACUAAAUGGACCCUCACCUAUAUAUCAGCUGGAAAGGAGAGAGUCAUCUCUACCAGCUCCGAUGGCCAGGGUGAUGAAAGGAAUUCGUUUCACAGGAAAUGGGUAUUAUAAAUUUCCCAGCUCCACUCACCCAGUCAAUACAGACUUUACCGGAAAUAGCAUCCGUUUCCACUCAACUGGAUAUGACUGCUGCAAGGAUGUCAGCUUGGAUUUGCAGGCUAGCCAGCAGACAGAUUUUUGA